AUGGGGGCCUGGCCCCAGCUGUGGCCUCCGCUAGUGCUGGCCCUGCUGCUCACCGCCUUGCUGGGCCAAUCCCCGGGGGCUGAGGCCCAGGGCUGCUCUGUGAACCCAACCAUCGUGGAAAUUGAGGAGAACACCCACAGAUCGGAGGCCCUGGCCCACCUAGUGAUCCCAGAUGGCCAGCAGGUGGUCCUAGGGCCCUCAACCACCACUGGUGCGUUUAGGAUUGAGGGGACCGAACUGUUUCUCAACGUGACUCCUGAUUAUGAGGACACUCCAUGGCUGUUUGCUGAACUUCAGUGCAUGAGGGGGACCACUCUGGUGACCACGCUGAACGUGGACGUGGUAGUGCUGGAUCUGAACGACAAUGCCCCAGAGUUCCCCUUCAGCAGCCUCGAGAAGUCCGUGGAGGAGGACACUAAAGUGGACACCACAAUCAUCCCUGAGGAGGAGCUGGAGGCCCAGGACCUGGACCAGAAUGACAUCUUGUUCUACACGCUCCGGGAGCUGACCCAGGGUGCCAGCAGCUUCUUCUCCCUGGUGGGUGAAAACCGUCCAGCACUGAAGCUGACCCGCACCCUGGACUACGACAAGUUCUCGAGCAUGACCUUGGAGCUGCUGGCACGGGACACCUGGGAGGAGAACGAGCAGCCCAGCCAUACGGCCACGGCCACACUGAUCCUGACGGUGCUGCCCACUGAUCUGCGGCCACCCUGGUUCCUGCCCUGCAGCUAUUCGGAUGGCUACGUCUGCAUCCAGGCCCAGUACCAUGGGGCCGUGCCCACAGGACACACACUGUCGGAGCCUCUUGUCCUGCGUCCCGGGCCCAUCUAUGCGAAGGAUGGAGACACGGCCAUUGGGCAACGCAUCAUCUAUAGUUUGUUGAGUGGAAACCAGGAUGCCACAUUCACCAUUGAUGCAGCCUCAGGCAACCUCACCAUGGCCAAGAGCGUGCCGCACCCCAUGACCUUCCUCCUGGUGGUGAAGGGCGAGCAGGAGGACCUUGCCCGGUACUCUGUGACCCAGGUCACUGUGGAGGCCCGUGCAGCCACAGGCAGCCCGCCCUACUUUGCCCAGACGCUGUACCGUGGCAUCGUGGCACCUGGCUCCACAGCGGGCGUGGCCGUCCAGGAUGCCACUGCUCCGCCGGAGCCUCUGAGGCUCCAUGCCCAGGACGAUGACUUCCCGGACUUGAACUCAGCCAUCACGUACCGGGUCACCAACUGCUCUGAGUUCCGGAUGGACGGCGAGGCCCUGCUGACCGCCAGCAGCGAGCUGCCCCAGGACCACAUCUUCUACUGCGAGGUGGAGGCCAAAAACACGGUGACAGAAAGCACGGCCACCACCGUGGUCGAGAUCCACGUCUUGGUGCAGAAUCCACUGCCCACAGAACCUUCUGGCUACUCUGCAAGGGACAUGGCUGCGCUGGGCGGCACGUUGGGCGGCCUGCUGUUGCUGGCCCUCGUCGGCUUGGUCUUCCUGUCCCUCAAGCUCUAUGGCCACCAGCUCAAGUGCUGCGCCCGCAAAGUGCUGGAGCCUGUUCCCCGAGGCUUAGACAACCAGGCCUUCCAGUCGGACCCCUAUGACGACGACAACGCCAGCGUGUCCUCCACCCCCAACGCCGAGCCUGCGCCCCCGUCCCCGCCUGUAGCAGACCCCGACCCCGCGCCGCCCAGCCCUGCGCCCUCCGACAGCGCCCCCGGGUCACCAGCGGCCCCUGUGCGCACGCAGGGCAGCCCCGAGGCAGUGAGGUCGAUCUUGACCAAGGAGCGGCGGCCCGAGAGCGGCUACAAGGCCGUGUGGUUCGGGGAGGACAUCGGUGCUGAGGCCGACGUCGUGGUGCUCAACACACCCGGCAUGGAUGGCGCAGACGCGGAAGCUGACGACGACGACGACCCCGAAAACACCUACUGCAUAAAUGUGCAGGCCCGGGGCUCCCGCGAGCUGUUUGUCCGGGAGACUCCGGCGGCCAGGGUCCGGCCUGCCACUACCGUGCAGACCUGA